CACAAUCUUAGAGCGCACGCUUUAAAAAACCCGCGAAGAGUCGUUGGUUUCAAAUUCUCUGCACAUUUCGUUAAGCUUGGAAAGAAAUGUCUACAUGGAGUGCUGGAGAUGUUUCUACUGAAGAGAACAAGGAGACUGAUUCUCCACUGAAGCAUAUGAACCAUGAAUCAAGUAACUAUUUGGAUGCUCAGGAUUACAAUGAUCCUAGUUGGAGUUCACACACAUCAUAUGUAACAAUUUCCGAUGGAAGUGAUCAGUCAACACCGAAUGCUAAUUCCUCAGCGGAUGACACAUUCUAUCAGAGUAAUACUUCUUUAAACUCGUAUGCAACAGCAUUUUCAACCUUGUCAUCUACAGUCGAUGGAGGCGGAGAAAGCGAACCAUCCACACCAUCACCACGAACACCACCGCAACAACACCAACAAGAAGAUCAAGAAAUAAUUUCAAAAAAGAAAAAGACUAAAAUAACCUUAGUCUAUGCACCAGAAAAAUCAUCAUCAUUAUCGAGUCCAUUGAAUUCACCCUCUGAACAACCAUCAUCAUCAUCACCUGCUGUAACACCGACGUCAGAAGGUAAAGAAAUACGUAUUCGUUCAAAUUAUACCCCAGUGAAUGAGAUUGAUUCAUUAUCAACUACACAAGAGAUUACAUUAUCCUCAUCAUACACUAAUAAUGAUGAUAAUAAUUUAUCCGAUAAAAUUUUAGAGUUCAAAGAUCCGCCAAAUAAUCAUGAUGAUUAUAAUAAUAAUAACAAUAAUGAUAGUAAAUAUAUUGAAAGUAAUAAUAAUAUUUCAUUCAUUCAACAAUCUGUACCACGACAACAUCAAGAAGAUAUAUCAUCUACAUCUUUAGAAGGAAUAGACAAUUCGUUGAGUAGUGAACCUUCAGAGAAUAAUGAUCAAAGCAUAAAUUCUUCUAGUAAUAAUCAUAUUAGUAAUGAUAAUAUUGAUGCAACUUUGUCAAAUUAUCAAUCUUCACUAUUUAAACCAAUCAUAUCUUCAGAAUCUGAUGUGUUACCCGUGAAAAAUGAAGUGUCAACAGUAGAUAAUCCCUUUAUUGAUUCAAAAAUAUCGACUAGUAAUAUUACGGAUGAUCAUAAUAAUCGUCACAAUGCUGAUGAUGGUGAUGAUGCAUCUAUACAACCUAAUUUAUGUGAUAUCAUUGAAAUGAACUCAGGACAAGAUGAUGAUGAAAUUGUUGAAACCGUUGUAAAUAUUAGUGAUGAAUACCGUCGUGGGACAAUAAAUCGAUUCAAUGAUAAUAAUAAUAAUCAUGAUCAUCAUCAUCAUGUACCAGCUUAUUUAGAUCGUUGUUCACCAGCACAAAUUGUUGCUGUCACCGGCGGGGCACCAUCUGAUAUUAUACGUAAUAUUGAAGAAGAUUUAGACGACGAUGAAAUCAAUGCAAAUAAUGUUGAAAUUGUCGAGGUGUUAAAACAAUCUAAUAAUGAAAGUGGAUCAUCAUUUUCACCGGGUAAUACAACUGUUAAUAAUAAUAAUAAUCAUUCAACUUUAUCGACAAGUUCUAAUAGUAAUGUUGUUAGACACCGGGGGCAUACUUUAGAUACAUCGAAAUCUCAACGACCAGUCACUAUCAAUAUUGAUUUACGAGUUGUCUCUGAGUUAACUCCAAGUACCCCCGAGGAAGUGGACGCUUCAUCAGAACUUGUUUUUAGUAACUUUAUGCUUGAUAGAUAUAUGCUAGAAGUGUCUGCAUCAGCACAAGCAUCAUCAUCAGCAUCAACAUCGUCGAAAUUCAAUAAUUCACUUUCAGCAAAAGCUUCGGCUUCAAUUUCUAUUACAGAUACCACGCAGCCUGAUGACCCUGUAAGUCAUCAGUUUCAAUCGUUACCACGUGCUGAACCAAAUAGUGUUGAAGCGAUAGUCGCUCGUAAUUUAGCCGAAAUUGGUGAUGAAAUUAAUCGUGUCUAUGGGCCGAGAUUGGAUAGAAUGAUUAAAUUGUUGCCAGUUGAAGAGUGCCCACUGGAAAUGUUUUAUAAUGUUGCUCGAGUAUUAUUUACCCGUGGUCCAACAAAUUGGGGACAAGUGAUUACAUUGUUCUACUUUGGUUACCGUUUAGUUGUACAACGAGUUAAAAAUGGUAUUGCUAAUGCCUUUUAUCAAGUAUGUCGAUGUCUAAUUAAUUUCUGUCGACAAAUUAACAUAUUUGUUUGGAUUGCACAACAAGGUGGAUGGCGUAUUCUUCAAUUCCUACGCCGUGGCAGAGCAUAUGACAACGAUGGUGACGAUGAUACUGUUGUAGUAGAUAGUGUGAAUCAUUCGAAUUCAGUAGAUGUUAUUUCGCGUUAUGAGAAUCAACAACAGCCUCAUGACUCUGUAAAUGAACAACAUUCUAUGCUAUUCAACGAUCCAUCCUUCCUUGUCCCCUUAGUUCUAACAAGUACUGGUUUUGUUGUCAUAGCUGUUGCUCUUUGGAUCUAUUUGCGCCGUCGAUGAAAUCUCUUUUUGUUUUGCUAUGGAGUUUUUCAUCAAAUCAUCAGUCCAGUUAGUUUUGUAUUUCCUUCUAUUUUAUUCCCGAAUAAAAAGCACUUAUGCUUUUAUCUUUCCUUCUUCUUUUUUUUAGGAAAAAUACCCUUUACUCACUACAUUUGUUAUUAUUAUUAUUAUUACUACUACCCUUCAGUUACAACACCUUAUUAAUAUGUUGUUAUAUUGUUACAUUUUAGAACAUAUGGUUGUAUAUUUUAUGUGUGCGAGUAUGUUUCAGUCGAACUGAAGUGUUACUUUUCCUCUCUUUUUUUGAUCCUGGUGAAAUUUUCAUCAUUAUAAUAUAUUAGCCUUUCUAUUAUUAGGAU